UUUUAAACCCUCAGAAACCCUAGGGUUUCUUCCAUUGCUCACAAGCUGCAGAAGGAAUUUCUUUGUUUGUUAGUCAUCAAAGAGAAGAAUGUCGAUCGCGGAGCUUGCCUGCUCUUACGCAUGUUUGAUUCUCAGCGACGAUGGCAUCCCCAUCACGUCUGAGAAGAUUGCUACCCUUUUGAAGGCUGCCAACGUGAACUGCGAAUCUUACUGGCCAGGCUUGUUUGCCAAGCUUGCAGAGAAGAAAAACAUUGAGGAUCUCAUUGUGAACGUUGGUGCUGGUGGUGGUGGUGCUGCCCCAGCUGUUGCCGCCCCUGCUGCCGGUGGUGCAGUUGCUGCUGCCGCCCCUGCUCCAGAGGAGAAGAAGGAAGAACCAAAGGAAGAGAGUGACGAUGACAUGGGAUUCAGCUUAUUCGAUUAGAAGCUUCAAUUUUAAUAUUUUUUGAGUGUCGUGAUAUCAUUUUGUUUCGUGAUCGAAUUUAGCAGCAAUUCUUGCGAUUAUAUUUAAAAUUUUCUUGCAUAUGUUCCAAUUGAAAUGAUGUGUUUUGAACCCCAAAUUCUGUGUCGUGAUUUACGUACAAGGUGAAUAUUGGUAUCGCUACAUUCACGUAACUAA